UAUUAAUAUAUUAAUGCAGGGAAAUUACAUCUGUCGGUUAACACACAUGCAUACCACCACAUGUGAGCUUGAGUAUGAACUUUGAAGUAUCCAUCAUACUCUCUCUCUCUCUCUAAAUCCUCAAUCUCUCUCUCUCUCUCUAAACCCUAAUUCUCCAUGUUAAAUUCGUUCAGUGCAAACUCACUAGAACCCAUUGAAUUUCGCGGGGGUUCUUCUCCACAUUCGGAACGGAUCGCCGGUUCAAACCGUUGCAUCCGUCUACACACUGACCGGUGGAGGUCGCCGACGGUGCGGCGGCCGAUCAGACUCUGACGGAGGCGCUUUCUCGAAUCUCCGUUGACGGAUGGCGGAGGUUUUACAGGAAAAAGACGCGGAUGAAUGGGCUUAUAGAGGAGAAGGAGCUGUGAACUUGGUUCUUGCCUAUUGUGGAAGCUCUCCUCGUUUUGUUGGAAAGGUGUUACGGAUACAAAAAGUAUCAAAUAAAGUAUCUAAAUAUGAGAAUCAUCAUUCAGCUCUAACCAAGGAUGAACGACUCUUAUGGGGAAAAUUUGAAGGCAUUGUUGCUGCCCGCACAAGGGAAAUUGCAGAGCAAAUGUAUGUGCAAAAAGUAAUGUGCCCAUUGUUGGGUUCUGAACAUGUUGAUGCAGGGAUCCGCAUUCUUGUGUCAAGAGAGUUUUUAAAGGCAGUUGAACACAAAGUUCUUCUUCAGCGUCCUGCGUGGCGCGUUGAUGCUGCCAAAGUCAAUCCCCUGUGUGAUUCAGUUCUUGUCAUUGCUGAUCAUUCAAUAUUUCCUUCUGUUAGAGGUAUUCUGAAAGAGGACUUUUGUCUUUCUGUUGAGAUAAAGCCCAAAGGUGGAUUUCUUCCUACUUCAGACUUCAUAGCUGAAGAAAAUGCAGUCAAAAAGAGAAUUACUCGCUUUAAAAUGCACCAAGCUCUGAAAUUGCGUGAUGGAGUGAUAUCACAAAUAAGUAAAUAUGACCCACUGGAUUUAUUUUCCGGUUCCAAGGAUGGAGUACAAAAUGCAUUUAAGUCUCUGUUUCUUACACCCCAGAAUAACUUCCGAGUUUUCUUAAAUGGUUCACUUAUUUUUGGAGGCAUGGAUGGUGCUGCAGACUGUGUGAGUUAUACUGUUGAUCAAGCAUUCCAAGACGGUAUUAAACGCGUUAUUGUGGCAAAAGAUGGGAUGCACUCGAAAUAUUUUCUGGAGCUCGUUACUGAAACUGUUAUUAAGUCUGGUUUAUUAAAUCUGCUUCUUGAAGUACAGAAGCUUGAUGCUAUUGAUAUUGAAGGGGCCAUUCAUGCCUAUUACGACCUUGUUUCUCUCCCUUGUGUGAUAUGUCGCCAGAAAGGCGAAAACAAACUGUCAGGAAGAUAUUCACCAAUACAUUUAAUGUCGAAGCAUGAAAAAUUAAAAGUUGUGAGGGAUUACUUGAUAUCUGCCACCGGAAAGGAUCUAAGUAUGAUGAUUAGUUUUAGGCCCAGAAAAAGUAUGGAUGUUGAGUCUCCGCAUAGGUCUGUACUCCUGAAAUCAAUCAACCAAACUUUUGAUUACAAGGCAUCUUUCAUUGACCUGGACAUGAAACCACUGAAGAAAAUGGAGUAUUACUACGAGUUAGAUCAGAAGAUAGUUAGCUGCUAUGUCCAGAUGGUAAAAGACGAUGAAGAAAUUCAAAAUGGUGUGGGCAUCGACGGUUCUUUAAACUCUUACAUAGCCAAGUGGAAAUAAAUUUUCAAAUGGAACGUUAAAUAAGGAGCUGAACGAAAAAGACAUGCCAGCUUUUUUAAUCCUAUGAAGACAAUGAUGUAUCUAUUACUUUGGUGCGUUCUUUUCCAGCCCAUACGAGGAGCAAUGAAUUAUAAAGCUAGAUUUUGGACUGAGCUUGUUGGAAACGGCAUGCUGAGUGAUGGGUUACCCUUCAUCCAUGAACUCUAAGACAAAAAGUUAGCUGAAUCAGCGACGACUUAGUUGUCUAUGGUUUUAUGUAUUUUGUAUCAGUAUCUAUCUUGUAUACUCUCCGUUUUUUCUCAAUAAAUUAAAUGUUUGCUGUUGUAAUCCCGUACAUUUAGCUAUACUGGAAACGAAUUCCGUUCAUG